AUGCGGCUGCUCUUGGUCCUUGCCAUUGCCAUCGAGGCCCUCGGCACGGCGCAGGCCCUGCCCCGAGCCAUGCCAUCACCGCCCUCCCGUUACCAACGCCUCGGGCGCGACCUCGACGGCGACGCCAGCGCCGGGGGCUUCUACCGCUUCGAAUGGGUCAGCAGCUCCCUGCAGGCCGGCGACCGGCUCGCGCGGUCCUCGGCGCCAUUCUACCAGCACUCGGACCCCGACCAGCGGCUAACGGGCGCGUCGAUUGCCUUUCUCAAGCAGCAGGGCAUCUCGCACGUCAUCAGCCUCAACGCCGAGGCCAACAGCCCGGCCAUCCGGGACGCGCUAACCAAGAACGGCAUCGCGUACACGGCGCUGCCGGUGCGCGACUUUGAGAGCCCGACGCUCGACGACUUCAAAAAGGGCCACCGCGCCUUUGAGCAGCACCGCGCCGGCACCCUCGUGUGGUGCGGCUACGGCCACGGCCGCACCGGCACCAUGGUCACGGCGCUGCAGGUCUACAGCGAGCAGGCCCGCCCGGACCCGCGCCGCCUGCUGCCGGCCGACUUCAGCAAGAACCACGUCGAGACGGCCGGCCAGAUUCGGCUGCUGAACAAGCUGCAGCGUAGCCUGCAGCCGGGCGCCUUCCGGAAGACGGCCGAGAACGCCGUGAAGAUGCCCAGCGCCGCGUGGGGCAAGGCCUUGGGCAACAAUGCGCCCGACGCGCCGGCGCUGGCGCCCAAGCCGAAGCCGGCAUCGCAGGCCAAGACGGCCGACGACAAGGCCGUCGUCGCCUCGUCCAAACCGGGCGCCAAGGUGCCCAAGUCUGUCGGCGACUGGUGGGCGGAACAGAUGGCGGCCAAGCCGUCCAAGGGCAUGGCCAAGUCUAUCGGCGACUUGUGGGCGGACCAGAUGGCGGCCAAGCCGCCCAAGGGCGUGCCCAAGAAGAUUGUCGUCGGCAUGCCCGGCGCGGGCCUGGCCAACCCCGGCUUCAACCCCCCCGUCGGCAAGAACCUUGUCCCCACCGCCAAGGGGCCCGGAAACAUGUUCUAUUCCGGAAAGGGGCGGCCUGGCGUCUUUGUCGGUCGCACCUUUGGCGGCCGCUUUGGCGGCCCCAGGGUGGCGGGAGGCUUCGUCGGCGCGCCUGGGGUCAGGAGGCCGUGA